UACCAAGAACCAUACAGUUCAUAGGUUUAACGUUUGUACAUAGAAUAGAUAAACAUAAAUAUGAACAAAAGUUAUGCAUAAAGUUAACAUAAUGAAGGAUAGGUAAAUUGAAAAAUCUGUUUUAAACUUUUACGAGUAUAUUUAAUUAUGUAAGCAAAAACAUGACUCUCGUGAGCCCUGUUUCAUAACAAAGAAUCAAAUAAAUGUGAGCUCUGUAUCUCAUCUAACUCAACAACUGACAUUCAAAAUUUUGUUUACCAUUAUAAAUACUUAAGUUAAGUAUUGUAAACAUUAAAAAUGGAAAAAAUAAAAUAUCCAUAUUUUCACCUCAAAUCUUGUCCAUGCCCCUUUGAAGAUUAAAUUCCUGGAUUCAUCCACCGAGGAUUAAAGGCCUGUGAAUUCUAUAUGAUCAUGAGUUUCUCGACGCCAGUUUUGGUGGCUGCCAUUGACUUUGGUACAACAUAUUCUGGAUACGCAUUUUCAUUUCGCCAUGAAUUCGAUAAAGAUCCAUUAAAGAUCAACGCCUGCAACUGGAUUGCUGGGUCUCAGGCCCUGGUUUCUCUUAAAACACCGUCUGUUGUUCUGCUGAAGCCAAACAAAACUUUCCAUGCUUUUGGAUACGAAGCAGAAAACAAAUAUGCCUCGCUUGCAGAAGACAAUGAGCACGAGGGAUGGCUCUACUUCAAACGCUUCAAGAUGACUCUCCAUCAAAAUAAAAGUCUACGACGAACCACGUCAAUAAAAGAUGUGAAUGGUAACGAGAUGCCAGCCAUGACAAUCUUUACGAUGGCCAUCAAAUAUCUUAAGGAUCAUCUGAUGGGAACAUUGAAAAGUCGUGUGGCUGAAUUUACAGAGGACCUCAUUCUCUGGGUACUGACUGUUCCCGCCAUUUGGGACGAAGGCGCCAAACAAUUCAUGACGGAGGCAGCAGCAGACGCUGGUAUCCUGACAAAACAACUGCUGUUGGCUUUGGAGCCAGAAGCCGCGUCCAUUUACUGCAACCACGUGCCUGUGGAAGUGAUGUCGUAUAAUAAAGGAAGAACUGGAGCUUACGCAUUCGAACCCGGGACGCAAUACAUGGUGUUGGAUUUGGGAGGAGGAACAGCUGACAUCACAGUCCAUGAAGUGCAAUCGAACCAGAAACUUCGAGAAGUCCAUCAUGCAACUGGUGGAGCGUGGGGAGGAACCAAAGUGGACGACGCGUUUUAUCAGUUCUUGGCGAAGCUCUUUGGAAAUGAUGUCCUGUCAACGUUGAAGGAUGAAAACAUGGAUGAUUAUAUUACACUCUUCCGUGAUUUUGAAACGAAGAAGCGCACUAUCAAGCCCAAUUUAGAAGAUAAAGUAACCAUAACAUUACCAUUUCGUCUGCUGGAGAUAUUUAAGGAGCAGUCAGAAGAAACACUGGCAGAAGCACUGCCACAGACAAGGUACGCAAAGACAGUGGAAUUCAAAGCAGGAAAACUUCGAGUGCAUCCCGAAAUUUUCAAAGAAUUUUUCAAUCAUACACUGCAAGGAAUCAUUCAACAUAUCACAGAAAUCAUGCAGUCCUUUCAAGGGGAGUCUGUAUCGAAAAUUCUUCUCGUAGGCGGUUUUUCUGAAUCGCCAAUGGUGUUGAAGGCAAUACGGGAAUUAUUUCCCAAUAAGAAAGUUAUUGCCCCUGCCGAUCCAGGAUUAGCAGUCCUGAAAGGAGCUGUAUUAUUUGGUCAUACUCCUAGCAUCAUCUCCUCUAGAAUCAGUCUCUGUACUAUCGGACUGGAAGUAAAUGUACAAUUUAUUGAAGGGUUGCAUCCUAAUAAAUACAAAAUUAAGAAACCAGACGGACAAACAAUGUGUCAGCACAUUUUUGAAGCUUUGGUGCAAAAAGGUGAAGAUGUUCCUUUUGGCCAUAAGAUAGAAAACACGUACAGUCCUUCGGAAGAGGACGCGGUCACAGGUAUCGGUAUAUAUAAAUCAACAUCAGAGAAUCCCACUUAUACCACCGACAAAAACUGUACAAAACUUGGCACCAUUGUGCUUCGUAGACCAAAUGGAGGUUGGUCAGAAGAUGCACAGAUUCAUGUUGUCGUGGAGUUUGGAAGCACUCGGUUCAGCGUGGCCAUGACAGACGAUUGUCUCGAUGAGACGUACAGAGAUUCCUAUGAUUUUCUUAGAAAGCAGAACCAGUGAUCAGCAGUGAUAUAAUCCUGUACAUAAUGAUACUCUCAUCAAACUUCAUUUUCAUGAAUUUACAUAUCCUCAUCUGCCAAUGAAAGUCAGGUUUGGAAACUUAAAACUUUGGGUUGUCAAAAGUAUGGGAUUUUGUUUAGUGUUACUUCUUAUUCACUUUUAAUGAUCAAAAUCUAUACUGUCUAAUGUGUUUAAAAGAGUUCACAUAAAAAUUAAGGUUAUACAUUAUCACAGAAGCUCAUUUUAGAGAGUUUAUUAUUUGUUUUGUAAACAAAGAUUGCGGUAUGUUAUUGUUUAUGAAAUUUUCAAAAGAAAUGGAUAUCGAUCUAAGUUUAUUAUAUCUUUCAGAUUUCGAGCAUGUUUGGGGUAAAUGUAUCAUCUAAAAGUUAAAAUUUGUGACUAUACAAAAUUAAGAUGCUUUAUAUUACAAAAUCAAUAUUUUACUUGUUUUUGUAUACAUAAAAAGACUCGAGUCUUUGUUUAAAUAACACAGCUUUAAGGCUAAAAUAUUGCUUUAAUUCUUGCAUUCAGAAGGUCAAAAUUUUGGCUGUCAAUAUCAAAUGAGUUAUAAUUUUAAUGUUUACCAUCAAAAAUGAAAAAUAUUUUUAUCAAAAAUCGUGAACCAGUCCCUUUAACUGUAAAUAAAAUCUUGAUUCUCACUUCUUGCUACUGUAAAUAAUGAAAAUGUGCAACAGACACAUCUAUAUAAAUACAUGUAUAUAAUGUUUGUCCUUUACUCUGUAUGAGAUAUGUACAUGUACAUGUAGUUUAUUACCGGCUGCCAGUAGGCUGUCUGUUAUAUGAUGUACAAGUUAUAAAAGACUACGUGUUUGUGUGGGAAUAUGUACAUUUAAAAAAGAUUGAAAUAUAACUUUUAUAAUAAAUAUUUUUAAUAGUA